GGAUUUAAGCGCCCACCCACAGUAAAGUAAUUCUUCGAAUAAUAAUACCUCAAGCGGGUAAAUUUUUUCGUUUUUUUUUCAACUUUGCAACAUGGGGGUAUAUAACCCGUUGGUCCUACUCAUUCGUUUUGCUCAAAUAGGUAUAAAGCGACGAAUUAAGGAAUAAACAACUUCUUUUCUUUUUUUUUUUUCCUUUUUUUUGCGCAACUCCCCACCAGUGACGCGGCAACGAUAUAAACGCUUCCAAACGUAACACGCGCGUGGUAAACAUUAAAGCGAAAAUGGUCCUGCUAAGCAACGCUGCGUUCAUUGAAGAGCUGAAUAAACUCUGUGGGGAGGUAGACGAGAAGAGAAAAACGUCCAUUUGGAUUACCAUGAAAAAGGUCAAACGAAGCAUCGUGAAAAACGUCAUCCCCAAAAAGGAAAACGCGGAGAAGAAAAACAAACGGGCCAACAAAGAUGAUAACAAGAGCAACAAAAAAUACGUCUGCCUGGUCAGGGCCACAGAUGGGAAGAAGAAAAAAAUUUCAACCCACGUGUUCGACAAUGUGAUUAACUUUUCCCAGGAGUUGAGCAGCGUCAUGCGGAGUUAGCGCUUUGGCAUCUCAAAUUGGGAGGCAAGAGUUAAGCAGCAUUAUACGGAGUUAGCGCUUUGGCAUUUCCCCAAAUUGGGAGAUAUAUCGCAUCGUCGUGGUGCCAGGAAGCACACCAACCGAGCUGUCCUCAUGCCCUCUCAAGGACAGACAGGCAAAGGAGAGCAUGCCAUUUUUUAACCUUUUCACAUGUUCCAAAUGAAGAAGGAAAGAAGUAACACCUGCAAAGUAGCAGAUUGGACAGUGGAGGCUACCGUGGUGCGCGCCACAAAAAAAAAAAAAAAACACACACUUGAUGGAAGCUGCAACUGUAGCUGUAACUGUUGCUUCAUCUGCGAAGGGGGAAACUCGCGUGGCUCGCCGCCCCCCCGCGCAAUGCGUAGAGACUCCUCCUUUCCGCUAACUCUGUGACCGCCCAAGAGGGCCACAAGCGAGUGUUCGCCAAUUCGCACACGUAUGAGGAUCGCCUUGGUCCUCCCCCGAACAAACCACUGUCCUUCUUUGCGAACAUCUCCCCUUUAGUGACCGCCCGGCGCCUCCUGCUCCUGGGCGACCAAAUCGGUGAGCACGCGGAAGGCCUUCUUG